AAUGUGAAUCAUAAUUUAAUAUUAAAGUUAUUUAGAUUUUGUUUUAAUCGCAAAAACAUUGAGUUUCCAUCACAGUUUUUACAAGUGUACUAGUCAAAGGAAAUUAUUGUGAUAUCGUAAUAAUGUUAAGUUAUCAAGUACUUGUAGUUUUUAUUUUUACAACAAUAACAUGUGUGAGACCCGAAGAAGACGAUCUUUUUUCUAAAAUGUCCAAGACUGAGAGGGUUGAGUUGAGAGAGGAAGCACGAAGCAUGUUCUAUCAUGCGUACCAUGCAUACAUGUACAAUGCAUAUCCAGCCGAUGAACUCAUGCCACUCAGCUGCAAAGGAAGAAUGAGAGGAAUUACUCCAAGCAGAGGAGAUUUGGAUGAUGUCCUUGGAAACUUCUCUCUAACGCUGGUGGACAGUAUGGACACUUUGGCAGUAAUGGGUGAUUUCGCGGAGUUCAGUAAAGCCAUCAAACUGGUGAUCAAGGACGUCAGUUUUGAUCACGACAUCGUGGUGUCUGUAUUUGAAACGAAUAUUCGUAUGCUUGGCGGCCUCCUAUCAGCUCACAUUCUGGCGACGGCACUCAAGAACGACGUAAACUCUUUGAGCUGGUACAAUGGAGAACUGCUGGUUAUGGCUGAGGACUUGGGCAAACGGCUGUUGCCAGCUUUCAAUACGUCCACAGGCAUUCCACACGGUCGGGUGAACCUACGUCACGGAAUCAAAAACCUCCUAGAAUCGAAGGAGACUUGCACUGCGUGUGCGGGAACUAUGAUUCUAGAAAUGGCAGCGUUGUCUCGACUUACCAACAAUCCCGUGUAUGAACAGAAAGCGCAUAAAGCCAUGGAUAGACUUUGGAAGAUUAGGAAUAGGACUUCAGACUUAAUGGGUACGGUGAUAAACAUACACUCAGGAGAUUGGGUGAGGAAGGAUUCCGGAGUCGGAGCCGGUAUAGACUCAUACUACGAGUACUGUCUCAAGGCUUACAUAUUACUCGGUGAUGAGAAGUACCUGGCCAGGUUCAAUAGACACUACAACGCCGUUAUGAAGUAUAUAAGCAGGGGUCCUAUUAUGCUGGCCGUUCAUAUGCACAGGCCACACCUGCAAUCUCGGAACUUCAUGGAUGCCCUGCUGGCGUUCUGGCCUGGUCUGCAGGUGCUGUUGGGGGAAGUGCAGCCGGCGGUGGAGACACACGAGAUGCUGUACCAGGUCAUGCAGCGGCACACCUUCAUACCCGAGGCGUUCACUUCCGACUUCCAGGUGCAUUGGGGCCAGCAUCCGCUGCGGCCGGAGUUCAUCGAAUCCACUUACUACCUGCACCGCGCCACCAACGACGACCACUACCUGCAGGUCGGCAAGGCGGUGCUCAAGUCCCUCCAGCAGUAUACGCGAGUGCCGUGCGGUUACGCCGCCGUCAAUGAUGUCAGAACGCGUGCUCACGAAGAUAGGAUGGAUUCAUUCGUGCUGGCGGAAACGUUUAAAUACUUAUACAUGUUGUUCGGUGAAGACAAAGAUCUACCGGUGAAAUUGGAAGACUAUGUUCUAACCACAGAGGCGCAUUUCCUACCUCUCUCUCUGGCUAUGGACGGCAAGAAUACCACAAUUUUCAAACACGACAUAAAAACCGAUGAAACUUAUAGAAAAACAUGUCCGAACACCGCGUCGCUAGUCGCGGAGAAGGUACGCCAGCCGAUGCGCCACAUGUUGGGGACGACCGCCGCGCGCCCGCCUCCUAGACUACGACCGCUCAACGACCCGCGCCAGAUCAACGUGCUCUCCGACAUGGGCAUAUCCGUGCUCACGUUGCCCGAUGGCCGAGUGCAGCUGUUGUACACCAUCAGCACUGCAAAGUCAUCGAAAGACGCCGCUGAGGGUUUGACAUUCAUGCAGGAGAUGUUCAUGUGGAAUAGACUAAGUGACAUGGAGAACGGAGUCGUUCCGGUCGGCGUGAAAGUCCGGGACAUCGUGUUCCCGGCUGGCCCCGGACACUUUGGCAAGGAACUGGUCGGACGGGUCCGCUUUACCGGGAACCCUGUCUUCGUGGAGCCCAAAGACGCCUGCACAGAGAUCACGAAUAAGCAGCAAGUAGUCGGAAAAUUCGGCGUGGCCUUCCGCGGAGUCUGCACCUUUGCCACCAAAGUCCAGAUGAUGCAGGAUGCUGGAGUCAAACUGGCCAUUAUCAUUGAUAACGUGCGGGACUCGUCUUACACCACAACAGCGUUAUUCGCGAUGUCGGGCAACGGGAAGGAUGAUAUCGAAAUACCUGCAGCGUUCCUCUUCGCUCAGGAGGGAGAUUACCUGAAAGCGGCGAUGGAAGAUGAACCGGACAUUAUCGUAACAAUCGGUGAACUCAAACAUAUGAAGCAGGAGAGCGACUGCAAAGAUGGGAAAUGCGAGACAGUUCUGGAGACAAAUAUGGUGCCGAGCGGCAAAGAAUCCUUUGAGGAAUUAAAGAAAGUUCUCUCGCAGUUGGCGUCCCAAUUCGACCUGUCUGUUUCCAUAGACGGGGGCCCUCCCGAUUCCUGUGAUGCGGACGCCAAAAGAGACACCAUUACUACGGUGACUAGAAUAGACGAAUUCGAAACUGCACUAGGCAACGACAGAUCGGAAGCCCUCAACAAGGACGACACGAUUACGAUAAUAAGCAAAGUAGAACCCGUCACAAAACUUGGAAGCAAACACGAAACCAUGUCGACCGUUAUAAGCGACAUCAAAAGAGACUACUUGGAAGACGUAGAAAACUCCGACAAGGUCUGACAGCGAAUGUUCCUUGACAGUUGUGAAUAGGACAUGUGUACAUUAGUUGUAAAAUAUGUAUAUAAAAUACACUUGUAAGUGCUAAAGUCGAUUUGGUGCCUUUUCAAAAACGCGUGGUUUUUGGUUACGAAAUAUAAAAUGAAAUUGAAUUAUUUCUAAAAUAACAAGUUUAGUUGGGCCUAAAGACUUUAAAAAUGUUUAUUUAGUGAAGUCACGCCAGAAUGUUUAAAUAUGCUUAAGAUA